AAACAAUAUUUAUCGAAGCGACAACGGAAUAUAUAUAAGAGAAUCGAAAUUGUAACAUUUUUCUUUUAUUGCGUCUUACAUUAGGGUUCUCUUUCAUGUGGUUUCAAUGAUGUAACGACCUCUAGAGAGAAAGACGAAGGAAACUUUCUAAAUUCUAGUACAGGGAACGUUUAAAAGAUGCGCGCUCAUCGUUGGCGUCAGCGUGAUCGGUGGUGGUAGCUUAUGGAGGCAACCGCAGCGAGGGUGACGAUGGUGGCGACUGUGAUAUUAGUGGCGAGAGCGACGAGUCAGUGGCAGUGGUUGAUGCGAGUUGAGCGUACGUUCGGACGUGCGGCCGCGCUCCGUCUGAUAUACGCGAAACUCGCUCGCGAAUCGCUCGUGACAGGACGAUAGAAAAAUAUACGAAAUAAAUUAAAUCGUUCACGAGCUAAGCCGAAUCAACUGUCUCGCAUGUCUUCUUUUCUCAGUAUUGGUCUAAUGAGACAAGACGAGAACGAAAAGGGGUAGUAAUAGUGAUGGGUGAAAAGUAGGUGAUAGUGUCAUUUUGACUUAUAUAAACAAAACAUAAUAAAAUAAAAGGAAAACGAAGGAAAACGAAAGAAAACAAAAGGAAGGUGAGAAAAAAAAAGAAGGAAACGAAAAAAGAAAAGAGAAGAAAGAAAGGAAGAAAGGAAGAAAAUAUAAAUAGGGGAUAGUGCGUAGAGUACCAUCGACAGAAAGUGUGAGGGCAAGGUGGUGCCGAGGGCGCAGGAUCGGCCCACCGGGAAAGAAAAAAAAGAAAAAAACAAAGGAAGAAAUGGGCCGGUCCGUUGUACUUACGUGAUAGGAGGUGUGCGAGCGCGCGCGCGCUCCCUCGCGCCUGCCUACCCGCCUGUCCGUUCGCGCGCGCGCGCGCGCGCCCUUCCGUGUGAGUGUCCUUUCUGGAUCUCUCUCUCCCUCUCCCCCUUUUCUCCCUUUCUUCCCCUCAUCCUCGUCCACUUUCUCCCCGCCUCGCUCUCUUUCUCUAUCUGCUUUCUGUGUGUGCUUUUCCUCCGUGCGUGUGUGUAUGUGCGUGCGCGCGUGUGUGCGUGCGCGCGCGUGUCAACCCCUUGUGCGAACGUGUAUUACUGACGGUGGUUGUCGCGGUGCGCGACAGGGAAGGCUGGAAAGGGAGAGACAGCAAGAGCAUUCUCUCGGUAAAUUUCCUAAAAAGAUCUGUUGUCGUCGUCUGCCGUCAUCGUUCGUUCUAUCGGCUUUCCGCUCGCGCAAAAAAUCCGCGUGCAUCGUCGCGAGAUGACGAUGAACGACGUCGCGAACGACGUCGCGAACGCGUUAAGGCGUUACGCUCUUAAUGUGUUGCUCUUUUUGUGCCUCGCAACGACAACAGCAACGUUGACCGGUGGUGCUUCGUGCAAAUGGUCCUCCGAUAGUGGGAACGACACUCGUACCACAGCCGAUUGUACUCUACGUGUUCUCGAUCCAAACGCUUUAACCAGCCUCGCAUCGUCCCUCGACGGUGCUACGAAAUUGAGAAUACGAUGCAGCGAAGUUCAUCAUUUCGAGAGUACCUUGAAUGCUCAUAGUUGGCAAAGAUUGCCUGCUCUUCACGAGCUCCAUGUUCAUGCAUGUAAAGUACUCAGGAUAUCAGGAGGUGCUUUUCAAUCUCUCAUCGAGUUGAAGAAGUUGACUAUACAAACGUUCAAUGCCGAGUGGGGCGCUCAACGCGUCUUGGAACUUGCACCCGGUUCGUUAUUGGGUUUACGAGAAUUACAUACCCUUGAAAUAGUUGAGAGCAAUGUGUUAUCUUUACCAGCGUAUUUGCUCUGCGAUCUGGACAACUUGCAGAGUUUAAAUCUUACGGGAAAUCGUAUUCGUGAUAUACUUGAUAUCGGUCUGACGCAUCAACAGGAUGAUUCCGAAGAGAGCAACAAUAGCAGUAAUAGCAACAAUAAUAUUAACGAGGAGUCUUGUCGAGCAGACGUUCGAAUUUUGGAUCUGUCACGUAACGAACUCACACGAUUACCGAACAAUGGACCAUUGGUUGGCUUGCGACAAUUACAAGAGUUACACCUGCAACGUAACUCGAUCGCCGAAAUUGGUAGCCGUGCACUGACCGGUCUUACCGUUCUACGUACCUUUAAUGCUAGUUACAAUUCCCUCGCUUCUCUUCCGGAGGGUCUAUUCGGAAGCACGAGGGAACUGCGGGAGAUACACCUGGCGCACAAUGGACUAGGCGACUUACCCAAGGGUAUUUUUACUCGGUUGGAGCAGCUGUUGGUUUUGAAUCUCGCUGGCAAUCGGCUCGAUAGCGAUCAAGUCGAUGAAACAUCGUUUCUUGGCCUUAUACGAUUGAUUGUUCUCGAUCUUUCGUACAAUCUGUUAACCCGUAUCGACGCUCGCAUGUUCAAAGAUCUCUUUUUUCUUCAAAUACUCGAUCUACGUAAUAAUUCGAUCGAUUACAUCGAGAGUAACGCCUUUUUACCGCUUUACAAUCUACAUACCCUCGAACUAUCCGACAAUAAGCUUCGUACCGUUGGAACACAACUUCUUAAUGGAUUGUUCGUUCUAAAUCGUCUUACUUUAUCCGGAAAUACGAUCGCCAGCGUGGAUCCUAUGGCAUUUCGAAAUUGUUCGGAUUUAAAAGAAUUGGAUUUGAGCGGUAACGAGCUUACUUCCGUACCAGAAGCGCUACGCGACCUUGCUUUCUUAAAGACCCUCGAUCUCGGCGAAAAUCGUAUCGGGAGCUUUCACAAUGGCUCCUUCCGUAAUCUUCAUCAGCUUACUGGAUUACGCUUGAUCGGCAACGACAUCGGUAAUUUAUCUCGUGGAAUGCUUUGGGAUCUACCGAAUCUUCAAAUCUUAAAUCUAGCCAGAAACAAAGUGCAACACGUCGACAUGCAUGCUUUCGAACGGAACAUCAAACUGGAGGCUAUUCGACUCGAUGGCAACUUUCUAUCGGACAUAAACGGCAUAUUCACCAGCAUUGCGAGUCUGCUACUUUUGAAUUUAUCGGAAAACCAUAUCGAGUGGUUUGAUUACGCCUUCAUACCGGGUAACCUAAAGUGGCUCGAUAUACACGGUAACUUUAUCGAGAAACUUGACAACUAUUACCAACUUCGAAACUCGAAGGUGAAGACCCUCGACGCCAGUCACAACCGCAUAACCGAGCUAACGUCCUUGUCCGUGCCGGACAGUGUCGAGUUGCUCUUUAUAAAUAACAACUAUAUAAGCAUCGUACAUCCUAAUACCUUCAUAGAAAAAGUCAAUUUGACUCGCGUCGAUAUGUACGCCAAUAUGAUCGAAACGAUGGAACUGACGGCUUUGCUAUUAACAAGAGUACCAGAAAACAAGGCUUUACCGGAGUUCUACAUUGGAGGUAAUCCAUUCUACUGUAAUUGUUCGAUGGACUGGUUGCCUGCAAUCAACAAUCAAACGUCUACGAGGGAGUAUCCGCGUGUAAUGGACUUAGAUAACGUAAUGUGUCGAACUUCCGGACCACGUGGCGUCGCUAUCAUACCGGCUUCGACGGCACGUUCCAAUCAAUUUCUCUGUCGUUAUGAGGCACACUGUUUUGCUCUCUGUCAUUGCUGCGAUUACGACGCCUGUGACUGCGAAAUGACUUGUCCGAAUGGCUGCAAGUGUUAUAACGAUCGUACUUGGAGUACGAAUGCCGUCGACUGUUCCGGUCUUGGCGUCGAAGAGAUACCACGACGUAUACCGAUGGACGCGACCGAGGUCUAUCUCGAUGGUAACGUGCUCCGUGAAUUACUGAAUCACGUUUUCAUCGGACGUAAGAACAUGCGCGUGCUCUAUGUGAACGGUAGCGGAAUCGAAUCAAUUCAAAACCGUACCUUCAAUGGUUUGAACAAUCUCCAAAUACUUCAUCUCGAGGAUAAUCGUAUACGGGAACUUAAAGGUUUCGAAUUCGAGCGUUUAUCUCAUCUACGCGAGCUCUAUUUGCAAAACAAUCAAAUUGGUUUUAUCGGAAACCUGACCUUUCUACCAUUGCGUUCACUCGAGAUACUACGUCUUAGCGGCAAUCGACUCGUUACAUUUCCUGUUUGGCAAGUCACGCUCAACGCUCGUCUCGUCGAACUCUCCUUGGGUAACAAUCCUUGGUCCUGUCGUUGCAAGUUUCUUCAAGAAUUGUCCUCCUGGGUAUCUGAUAACGCGCACAAAGUCGUCGACACAAACGAUGUCUGGUGUUAUUACGGUGGUGGUGACACCAGACCAACUUAUCGACGUCGGCUAAAUGUCAACGAGACCGCAUGUUCGGACUAUUUCUCUCAAAGCGGUGGAAUGAUCGAGAGCAUAAUGGUAUCGGACUAUCUACCUCUGGUAACCGCGAUAUUGUCGGCCUUUUUGGUGCUUCUUCUCAUCGUGGUGCUCGCCUUCGUAUUUCGCGAAUCUGUUAAAGCAUGGGCUUACUCUAAGUACGGACUACGCUUUUUACGUACGAAACCUGCUAAAGCUAGUGCGACUGGUGGUGCGACUAUGGUAUCGACAGCGGGCAUUACCUCGUGCUACGACAUGGACCGUGAACGUUUGUACGACUGUUACGUUUCGUACAGCCCGAACGACGAAGAUUUUGUACUUCAUUCAUUGGCAGCCGAGCUAGAGCACGAACCGACGGCUCUAAGAUUAUGCCUUCAUCAUCGUGAUUUACCCUGCAUGCUGCGUACCUCGGCACCAGCGCCGGCCAUUCUCGAAGCAGUCGAUGCUUCACGACGUACCUUGAUCGUCCUUACACGAAACUUUCUUCAAACAGAGUGGUCACGUUUCGAGUUACGGGCUGCCUUUCACGAGGCAUUACGUGGCAGAGCGAAUCAGCUGAUCGUUGUUCAGGCUGCCAAUCUAGGUCCCGAUCUCGAGAGAGAUACUGAAUUGCGACCGUAUCUACGUAACGCCGCGCUUAUAUUGACAUGGGGUGAAAAAAGAUUCUGGGAGCGUCUGAAAUACGCGAUACCACCGGCACCACCAUCAACAGCACCUCCUACGAGUACGCGAAACACCGCGAGCACAGCGUCUGGUGAUGUCUCCCUCGAUAACAAAUCCUCUCCUCUCGUCUAUAAACGCAAUAUCAACACCUACGCGAUGGACAGUGUUGGUAGGAAAUUAAACAAUCCUUCGACAUUUCGAUCUCAAGAUCGGCAGCGUACAUUUUUUAAAGACACUACCACUAGCAGUGGUUCCUCUGCGUUGAUAUUGCAACACGCUCCACCCGCUUAUUCCUGCGGUACCAUUUCCUCUCACCAUCAACAACCUCCACCAUCCUCGCCACAAGCUCGGCUGACCGUCAAUCAUGUCUAUCGCGAUGCGGUCACUGUGCCAGCUGGCAGCCUCGCUCCUACGAAUCCUAUGCUCGCUGCCGAGGAUCACACGAGACCCUUGUCCGAGCAUAUAUAUUCGUCCAUUGAUUCCGAUUAUUCGACGCUUGAGAGAUCCACUUGGAGGCAACAGCAACCACCCUCCUCGUCACCCCCACCACCUUCAUCCGGUCAGGCCUAUCUCGUUUAGUCUUCUCGCUAGUUUUGCUCCAGCUUUAUGAUUACCUCAAACUUUCUCUUAUCCUCCUAAACGCUAUACACUAUCAUUUAUCCUUUCUCUAUCUCUCACUUAUUCAUCCCCUACUCUAUCUUCCCCUCCUUUCUCUUCAACAGAUACAGAGCGAGAAACGACAAAAUACGCCUACCAUCUACUAACUACCUACUACAUUCAGAAAAGGGAUCGUUAGUGAACACGUCUAUUUGAUCGUCAGUAUCGAAAGUAGCGGACAAUCGAGAAAGAAAAAGAGAAAGAAGGAAAUAUACAAAUACGUUCGAAGUGUAAUUUCAUGGUAAAAUGUGCCUCUAACAUGCCAUUUGUACUAUUUCGUAAGCCCUUAUUUUCCGAACGAAACUCAAAAAAUAAUCGUAUCAAAGCUUUUAACAAUUUUAAACAUAGCUACGAAUAUUGAUGUUUAAAAAAAUAAUAGUACUUUCCUUCACGAAUAUCUCUAUUCGAUUUAAGGUUUUCUUCGCGAAAUGAGGAUCUCCAGUAACAGCAUGUAUUUUUCCUUUCCCUCUUUUUUCCUUUCCUCCUUCUCCCCUUCCCCCUCUCCUCCUUCUCCUCCUGUUCCUCCUACUUCUUCUUCUCCUCUCCUGUCCUUCCUUUUUCUCCUUACUUUCUAUCUUAUCCCGAACGUGGCAUAUUUUUUGCAUUUUAUUUUUUUUAUCUUCCAUCGUUAUAAAAACCGCUGGUUUAUCGGUGAACUUGUUUUCCUUCUUUCCUCUCUCUUUUUCUCCCUCUUUCUAGACCUCCUCCGCUGCGAUCACAAGGGGCAAUAAAAGACGUAAGCAUUACUCCGUUUUUCGUCGUCUGAUGCGUAAAUCUUUAUCUUAAAAUCGUCUCUCGCUGGCGAGUUUUUUUUAUUCUAGCCCCCACGUACGUGUAAAUAUUUAUUUUACGAGUAUAAACGUGUAAAUAGCUUUGCGCUGUCGUGUAUCAGCGGGUGGUUGUACCUUGUAUAUAUGUGUAUAUGGAUGGCCGCACGUACGCGUGUAGUCGUAACGCGUGUACGUUUAUGUACAUACAUACAUACGUGCAAAAUAUAUAUGCGUGCGCCUGUAUCACAUCGAAUACACGCGCAUAAUGACAAACAUACAUACAAACAUAAUGGCAUCUAUAUAUAUAUAUAUUUACUAUACGUAAUUCUCGUAUAGAGUUCUUCGCUUAUAACAAUUUUGAAUUCUCGAAUAGAUAGAGGAUUUUUUGUAAUUUUAUAUGUCCGAUUCACGAUGGAAACGAAGGAACGACUAAUUUGUACGAUAUGUAAAUAUGUAUAUGGAAAUUCGCCUCGUGUAAGAUAUUAUUCAUCGCGUAAAAGGGGAAAAGAUGAAAAAAAAGGAAUGAUUACGAGGAGGUGCGAAAGACAAAAAAUGGGGGGGAGAGAUCUUUCGCUGAAGGUACGAAAACACGUAAUCGAGACUCAGACAUAUGUAUUGUGCUUGCGAUCGUUUCGAAAAAUAAAUAAAUAAACAAAUAAAGAGAGACGGCGGAGUCUCGCGUUUGCUUCGUGGAUGAUAACAACAGCAACAACAACAACAAUCGCGACGACAAGAAAAACGAAAAGAAAAAUUGAGUAAAAAAAACAAGAACCUUAACUGUAUACUACUUGAUUAAUUUAAAUCCUGUGAAUAAAUUUAUAAAGUACGUUAUCGCUGAAUCACAA